CUACGAUUUUGGUCUUCUGGUUGACAUAACGUCAGACAUUCCUAAUUCAAAAAUUAGUACAAAUGGAUAACGAAAAUUUAAACUAUUUGCCUCAGUAUCAAAAACUAAUCUUUGACAAUAAGGAAAACUUGGUAGAUGUAAAUCGAAAAUGUUUAAUACAAACUUAUUCUGCUUCGCUGCAGUUGUUGGAUAACAAUGAAACUCUUCAGCUUUUGGAAGUGAAUUUAGAGAAAUAUACUAAAUCUUUGAAUAAUGCGUUUAAAGAGAAGUUAAAAGUUGAUGGAGCUGUUCCGAUGACAAAACACAGUUACUUGAAACCGGUAAAUUUGAAAUUUCCGAAUUGUAAUCAACAUUGUUCCGGAUCCGAUUUUAAUGAGUUGAUGAAGCAUUUAAAGGUAAAGGAAGUCAAGCCAAAGAAGCAAAUCCUACCACAAGCAGUUGUAAAAUCCACAAGCUUCUCUUUAACACCACCAGAGGACAUAAAAGAAUCUAAGCCUGCAUUUAGGACAGCACGGGAAGAACUAGAAAUGCAAAAUUCGAAAGCAAACAAUAAUCGUGCUCCAGCUUGCGGACAAAAGAGAAAAUUGGGCACCUUAGGAGCGCGGCGCAAUGUACAAAGCAAAUUUGUUUCUCCAGUAUUAGCGCAGCACGAGAGCAAUGAACACCGCUCUCACAAAAGUAAUGAGUGGCCAGGCGAGGAGGAAUUUGUCGAUGAGCGAUUAAAAAAUAUCGAUCCAAAAAUGGUAGAAUUAAUUCGAUCUGAAAUUAUGGACAAUGCGCCCGUUGUCCAGUGGGAUGAAAUUGCUGGGUUGGAGUCUGCCAAAAAUGCCAUACAUGAAGCUGUAGUGUGGCCUAUGUUAAGACCCGAUAUUUUUACUGGUUUACGUAAACCUCCAAAGGGGAUUUUAUUGUUUGGUCCACCUGGAACCGGAAAGACCUUGAUAGGAAAAUGUGUCGCAUCACAAUCUAAAUCGACAUUCUUCAGUAUCAGCGCUUCAUCUCUGACAUCAAAAUGGAUUGGUGAUGGAGAGAAAAUGGUUCGCGCAUUAUUUUCGGUCGCCCUUUGUCACCAACCUGCUGUCAUAUUCAUAGACGAAAUUGAUUCUUUACUGUCACAAAGAAGUGAAACGGAACAUGAAAGUACGCGACGUUUAAAAACUGAGUUUUUGGUACGCCUAGAUGGCGCCACCACUUGUAACGAUGAACGUGUGUUGGUUAUUGGUGCGACCAACCGGCCACAGGAACUCGAUGAAGCUGCUAGGAGACGAUUUGUGAAACGGUUAUACAUUCCCUUACCAGAAUAUCAGGCUCGUCUGCAAAUUGUAACAAACUUAAUGUCCAAAGAACGUCAUAGCCUCGCUGAAUGCGAUAUGAGUAAGGUUGCCGAAUUGACUGACGGUUAUUCAGGAGCAGAUAUGAGAAAUUUGUGUUCAGAGGCAUCCUUGGGUCCCAUUCGUAGCAUUGAUAUAAGACAGAUGGAAUUCAUAGAAGCCAAUGAGGUACGACCUGUUGAAAUGAAAGAUUUCUCUAAGGCCCUGUCAACAGUAAGAUCAAGUGUGUCACCGAACGAUCUCACUCAAUAUGUAGAAUGGAACAAAGUUUACGGUUCGGGUUGUUUAAUUUAAGUUUAUUUAAUGUUAAUUAAUUUAUUUAUGUAAAAUAUUGCUAGUGCCCAGUGAACGUUACAACAAUU